AUGGAAGGCGACGCAAUCAUCACCGUCCCCUUACUCCAGCAGAAAGCCGCAGAGGAAGAAGAACAGCAGACCAUCACCACCAAGAAACCGGAGCCACAACCCCGAAUUACGAAAGUCAACACCCCGGAUGACCUCUACGCCGCCCUCCCCCUUCCACCAACAAACCCACGCUGCAUCCGCGUCCUCGACCUCGACCCUCUUCCUCAACCACAAUCUCAAGUAAUAGAUACCGAUGGGAUCCCGCCCAAAUUAACCAGUCGUUUGAGGGUAGUUAACCUCUCCGACUCGCCUCCGCCAGUCUUUACAGCGCUUUCUUAUGUCUGGGGCGCUUCUUCGCCUUCCUCUCCUUCACCAUACCGCAUUGGCAUCAGUCUUGACACCACUACCUCAUCUACAUCUCCCUCUCCCUCUCCCGCCACCACUACCACCUCUACCACCUCUACCACCUCUACCACCUCUACCACCUCUACCACCUCUACCACCUCUACCACCUCUACCACCACCACCGAUCCCAUUGCCUGCCCUCAACCUCAACCUCAAUCGCAACCUUAG